AUUAUUCAAUCAUGAGAGAUCCUAUAAAGACGAAGAUUUCAGAGCCGUACCCUAUCAUCGAAGAAUCUGAGAUCAUCAACGGAUUCGGUAGAGGAUCAUCAGAACUAGGAAUCCCAACAGCCAAUAUCCCCAUCAGUUCGAAUUUGAACAAGUUGGAUCCAGGUAUCUACUUUGGAUUCUCCAAGCUCAUACCAGUUUCUAAAGAUCUUGAGACCAAAAAGAGAUCUGAUGGCCAUCUUGUAGAGUUCAAUCAUGGGGCUAACUUAAGCGGUGAAGAAACGUGUGUCUUUCCUAUGGUGAUGUCAAUUGGGUAUAAUCCAUUCUACAACAACACUGAAAAGACAGCAGAAGUGCAUAUUAUCCACAAAUUUCAAGACAAUUUCUACGGUGCCAAGAUAAAGCACGCAGUUUUGGGAUACAUCCGGCCUGAAUUGAAUUAUACCACUAAAGAAGCCUUAAUAGAAGACAUCAACUUGGACAUCGAAAUGGCCCUUAGAGCGUUGGAACUGAGCGAGUACAACCAGUACAAGCACAAAAUACUUUAAGGUGGGAUAUAGGCAAUUACUCGACUAUUACGGUAGCCAUUUAUUAUAGAGACUUAUAUAGGUUAUACACACAUAAUAUUUUCUUUAAACUUUUUGUGGCCUCCAUAUCUUUAAGUCUUGUGCAU